AUGCCUCGAGUAGCUAUUGUGACCGGCUCAGCGCGUGGGAUUGGAAAGGCGAUUGCCCUCCGUCUUGCAAGAGAUGGCUAUUCAAUUUGCAUUAACGAUAUCCCCGGUGCAAAGGAUGAAAUCGCUGCAGUCGUUGACGAAAUAAAUGCCACGAGCACUCAAGAAGCGACCUCUUCUUCUCGUCCCCGGGCGAUCGGUAUAGCCGCUGACGUGACCUCAUCUUCCGCGGUGGAAGAGAUGGUUCGAGAAACAGUGGAAAAGCUGGGUCCAUUGACCCUGAUGGUCGCGAAUGCGGGCAUCGCGCAAAUAAAACGCCUUCUCAACGUCACUGAGGCCGAUAUCGACGAGGUAUUCUCGGUAAAUUUCAAGGGCGUGUUCAACUGUUACACCCAUGCGGCUCGCCAGAUGAUCGCGCAGGGUGAUCCGCAAUCUGCUGCCGGGGUUGGCGUGUACAAGAUCGUAGGGGCCGCGUCCAUCGUCGCAUUCAAAGCGUUCGCAGCGCUGGGGGUCUAUUCGGCCAGUAAGUGGGCGGUUCGGGGAUUGACGCAGGCGAUGGCGUCGGAGAUGGCACCACACAAGAUUACGGUCAACGCAUAUGCGCCAGGGGUGGUGGGAACAGCCAUGUGGGAUAAGAUUGACGAGGAGUUGGGCACAAUCGAGGGCCGAUCGAGGGGGGAAACGCGAGAGUUGUAUUCAAAUAAGGCGGCUUUGGGGCGGACGAGUGAGCCGGAGGAUGUGGCUGGGUUAGUUGGAGGGUUCCUGGCGAGUCAGGACUCGGAUUUUGUGACUGGGCAGACCAUGCUGGUGGAUGGUGGCAUAGUCUUUACUUAG